AUGAGAUACCUAGCCUUACUUUCGGCGCUCUCCGUCGCACCCCUAUUAGCCUCGGCCUUCAACUAUACUACCCCGAACCCAAGAUCUUUCUCGCCGGCACUUAAUAAUAACAAAACGAAAGACUGUCCACCUUGCUUCAACUGCCACCUACCGGUCCACCAAUGUAAGCAGUUUGCGAACUGCAAUUCGUACAACGGAAGAUGCGACUGUCCUGCUGGUUGGGGAGGAGACGACUGUAGCGAGCCAGAAUGCGGCGGUCUCAGCGAUGGACUGGAUCGAUACAUCCGACCUAAAGGCGAAAAGUGUAAAUGCAAAGAUGGGUGGGGUGGAAUCAAUUGCAAUCUCUGUACAACCAAUGAUGCUUGUAUUUCUCUCAUGCCGGAAGGCGUUGAAGGUACCUGCUACAAGGGCGGUCUUGUGGUGAGGGAGAACUACCAGAUGUGCCGAGUUACCAAUAAGAAGAUCCAGGACCAAUUGGGGGAUUCGAAAGCCGAUGUUACCUUCGCCUGCGACGCAGAAAAAGAAGAAUGUAAUUUCCAAUUCUGGGUCGAUGAGGAGGAAUCGUUCUAUUGCGCUCUCGACAAAUGCACAUUCGAAAUGGACUUCGGCGCCAGCAGCAACGUCACCCACUAUAAAUGCGAGACUGUCAAGUGCAAAUGUAUUACGGGACGAAUGAUGUGUGGUAAAGAUGGGUCUCUCGAUAUAUCCGACUUCCUUACAGAGGAGAUCAAAGGACCUGCCGAAUUCUCCUGCACUGCUUCCUACGACUCCUCUGAUACGAAGAAGGACGGUUGUUCCUUUUCCGAACCGGCUAUGAAUCAGUUGAUUAGCGAUGUCUUUGGCGAUAAGAGCAUCUUUUUGGACUGUAAUUCGGCCGAAUGUGUGCCAAGUUCGCUCAUUCCUGGCUAUAAACGGCCCCCGAAGAAGGUCAACAAAGCCUUGAUCGCCGGGGCAGUGGGAGGCUCUGUUAUCACUCUGGCUGCAGUCGUUGGAUUACUCUGGUUCCUUCAUAGGAAGUCGAACAAGUCUGGCCUUGGCCCUAUUCACCUUGGAUUGGAUGAUGAUGAGUCCAGCAAACUUAUCACCGAACAUAAGCCUGCAUCGCUUCUUUUCGAGGAUGUCUCUUACUCGGUUAAUGGCAAGCAGAUUCUCUCUGGUGUCCAUGGAGUUGUUAGUCCUGGUCAAGUCAUGGCGAUAAUGGGUGCUUCUGGAGCGGGAAAAACAACAUUCCUCGAUAUCCUUGCACGGAAGAACAAGCGUGGUACUGUCGGUGGGAAGAUCCUUGUUAACGGACUUUCCGUUAGUGAUGAUGAGUACAGAGACGUGAUUGGUUUUGUCGAUCAGGAAGAUACCUGCAUGCCGACAUUAACAGUUUACGAAACAAUCUUGAACAGUGCCCUGCUUCGUCUUCCCAAGGAUAUGGACUUUAAAUCAAAGCAAACUCGGGUCAUGGAAGUUAUGCAACAACUUGGCGUCUUGGGAAUCAAGGACUCACUCAUUGGAUCUGAAGAAGGGGAGCGUGGUAUCUCUGGUGGAGAAAGACGCCGUGUCAGUAUCGCCUGUGAACUCGUUACCAGUCCUGCAAUUCUCUUCCUCGAUGAACCCACCAGUGGUCUUGACGCCUACAAUGCCUACAACGUUGUCGAAUGCCUUGUUUCUCUCGCUCAGAACUACAACCGCACUAUCAUUUUCACAAUCCAUCAGCCGAGAUCCAACAUCGUUGCACUUUUCGACCGCCUUACCCUUCUUGCAAAGGGCCGAAUGGUUUACUCGGGUGACUUCAGAGCGUGUCAAGAUUAUUUUGCCGGCUGUGGAUACCCAUGUCCAGCUGGUUUCAACAUCGCUGAUUUCUUGGUUGAUCUGACAAUGCAUGCAAGUCAUAAGAGAACAGUCCCUAGCGAAGGAAAUGGAAGCUCUGAACCAAGCUCUUCGUCUACCGCAACUGAAAGACCCCAGCUUACCGGCCGCAAGAGAACGAACUCUGUCCGAGACCGCCAAGAACGUGCUCUGUUUACCCGAAAGUCUAGUGGGCUCGGCCAAAGUGCCGAUGAUGUAUCACUCGCCUCCGUUCCUGAUGAAUCUGAAGCCCUCCUCGCCGACCCCGAUCGUGAAGACGAUGCAGGCCUUCUUGAGGGCUCUUUCACUGCCCACUCCGAUCUAGACGUUCUCAUUACUUCUUAUCUUAACAGCGAUAUUUCUAAACAAGUUCAUGACGAAAUCCAGCAAAUUGUCACCACAGCCAAUAGCACCGAUGGUGAUGCUCACGCAACUCUCCUGGGUACUGGUCCUAUAACAGGUUUCAAGCGCAUCGGUUGGUUCGAACAGUUCUCUAUUGUGUCAGCGCGUACCUGGAAGAACCUCUACCGAAACCCCAUGCUUAUGCUUACUCACUAUGCUAUUCCUAUCGUCCUCGCCUGUCUUUGCGGCUUCUUGUUCUACGGUAUUACAGACGAUAUUGCUGGUUUCCAGAAUCGCAUGGGUCUUUUCUUUUUCGUCCUUGCCGUCUUCGGAUUCAGCGCUUUGACAUCCCUCCACGUCUUUUCUCAAGAACGACUAUUAUUUGUUCGUGAGCGUGCGAAUGGCUAUUACGCACCGAUCACUUACUUCUCCAGCAAAGUUGUUUUCGACAUCCUUCCAUUACGUCUCCUCCCACCAAUCAUACUGGGUGCGAUAGUCUACCCCAUGGUUGGAUUGUUACCAGAGUGGGAUGCAUUCUUCAAGUUCCUUCUUGUUCUGGUCUUAUUUAAUCUUGCUACUGCGACAUUGUGUCUAUUUAUUGGUAUAGUUUUUAAGGAUACUGGUAUUGCAAACUUAGUGGGCAGCUUGGUGAUGUUGUUCAGUUUGCUGAUGGCAGGUUUACUGUUGAAUCACGAUAAGAUUCCAGGACCUGCCAAAUGGCUACAAGUGAUAUCGAUCUUCCACUACGGGUUCGAAGCACUGAUUGUCAACGAGGUUACCACUCUGCAGCUAAUUGAUCGCAAAUAUGGACUGGAUAUCUCAGUCCCCGGAGCAACCAUUCUGACCACUUUCGGCUUCAAUAACCAGGCCUACUGGGGAGAUGUCAUUGGACUCGGGGUAUUCUCUGGAGUGUUUUUGGUACUAGGCUAUCUGGCCAUGCACUUCAUGUUAGUGGAAAGGAGAUAG